CUUAUCUGCUCUUUUCUUUCCCGUUUCCCUUAUAUCGUCGUCGUCGUCAUCUUCUUCUUCUUCUUCUUCCUCCCCCUCGUACCACACAGACACACAAAAAGAUCAGCACCAUCCCAUCCGAAUACAAAGAUAUUAUGAGAGCUCAGAAUGGCCAUGAUAUACAUUUCCGCUAUAAACUCGCCAAAUGCCUUACAUUCGUGAGCUUGAUCGCCGUUAUAACCAUGGCUCUAAGUUCGUUCCUUUACCCUGGACGGUUACGAUGGACAGCAGCAGAUGACGACGAAGAUAAUAGUUAUCCGCAGGCGGAUACGGCAGCAAGCAGCAGUAGAGACUGUAGCUUCAAACUCGACACACUUAUUCCUCAGAGUCCUGACGGAUCAUACACUCCUCCACCGCCCGACGAAACAUUACUACGCGCCGUCGAGCUUGCGUCCAACAAGGACUAUCAGAACUAUUGUCAAAGCUGGGACGAGGUCAACGGAUUCGCUGAUAACAAUGACAACAAUGAGCUCGAUGAUGAUGGCUGUGGCGUAUGGCAGCAAAAAUACUUGGCUCUGCACGAACAGCGUCUGGAACAGCUGCAGCGAUUGAAAGCAGGUGAUUUCGAAAGUUUCGGUCACGAGUCGAAGCCAGAGUAUGUUUCCUACCUGUGUGAAAGUGAUCCUCAAAAUAGAGGAAGUCAUGGAUGCGGUGGUCUGGCCGAUCGAAUGAACGGCAUGGUGUCCACCUUCUUUUAUGGCUUGCUUACAGAUCGCGCGUACUUGGCUCAUUGGGAAGACCCUUUGCCACUCGAAACAUUAUUCGAAAAGCCAUCGAUUGACUGGAGCUUUGAUCCAAAAGAGAUGCGCGAGCUGUUUGAUAAGAAAGAAGACGCUGAUAACAACGACUACCUAAGCUACAAAAAAGUCAAUACCCUUAACCAGAAAUGGGGACCCAUCGGCAGAACCAUGUUUCCUCACGGUGCUACCCAAGACUUUAAAGACCUUUGGAACGCUUCGUACGUGGAGUGGCAUGGAAACCGCGCUUUUGUCAUUCGAACCUUCCGAGAAUCGAGUAUAUACCCCGAAAAGCUUAACCAACUCGGUUUGACCAAGGAGAACUCGUUCAGAUGUAUCAUGGAUUACUUGUUCCGUCCCACCAUUGGCGCUCGUCAGUUCAUCAAUGCGUAUAAAAACAUGUUUGAAAUGGACAGCAUCCUAAGCAUUGGUCUUCAGAUUCGCACAGGAGAUAGUGGCAUCGUGAACCCAGGCGAUGACCUAAACACCUUGCAAAUGUGGGAUUACUUUAUGAUUUGCGCCAACCAACUCCGUGAAGCCAAACGCGAACCUCACCACAAACAAGUCGUUUAUUUCCUGAUCACCGACUCUGUACGUUUGCGCGACGAAUUUGUAUCAUUGAACCACGACAAAACCAAGGCCCAACAGUUCCUGGGCGACAAUCAUCAAGAUGUCACCAUGGUCGUCACAGGGUUGCCCAUUGAACAUGUCGAAUCAAAAACCAUCAAGCCGAAAUUCCUGCACAACAUUACCAAAGCGGACCUGACGGAGGACGAACAGAACACGUUGGCUGGCGUGAAUGCUGCAGUGAUCGAAAACUGGCUGCUGAGCUUUACAGACUAUCGUUUGAUCAGUCGUCAAGGCUUUGGUAAGCUCUCGGCGUUCCAUAGCAAGUCGUCACAUACGACCAUUGGUAUGCCUAAAUUGUCGCGCAAACAAGUCGCUGUCAACUGUGCCAACCCUCAUGCAUUCAUCACAUUCGAUACUCUCAGCACUUGGUGGAGCUUGGGUUAAAGCACAACCUUUACCUUUCUCUCUAUAUCUCAUAUGCCCUUUUUAUCCACAUCCCUCCCCAUGUCACACUAUUGUUCCAACAUCACGACUCCUAAAACGAACAACUUUACUCGCAUCAUCUCAUUUAAUGUAUAAUUUUUCUCUAACACAUUCAUUUUCCUUGCCACUAUCAGCCAUGCCAUACUACCUCUCACGCGUGUUACAUAUGUAGUUGUCUUCCUACCGCUCUAGAUGUUACUUUUAUCUGCACCUGAUGGUAUUUUUCUUUUUCAACUUGCACAUAAAAAUCCCUUUAAAGGAAUUUUUUAUAUAUCAAAAGUCGACUUUUCAGUUUGUUUUACCCGAAUAUAGCAAAUCAGCA